CAUUGCACAGCAGUUAAUGUUAAAUCUUUUAGCAUGCAUAAAGCAUCAUAAAUCCAUCAUAUAACUGUUAACACCUGUAUGUAAAGGAUAUAAAGGGGAAACAGCAUGCAUGUCUUAGUCUCUCAAUCUGCUGCCUGGUAACUGACUGCACUAGAAAACAGGAUUUGGGGAUCACUGCUUCAUUUCUAUAUUUUAUAACUUGUUGGCAGGGACGUGAUGAUCAUGUUGGCACCAUCAAAGAUGUCUGGAAGAAUAUAGUUGGCCCUCAAGUUGCAGCAGCAGUUGGGAAAGAAUUUGUUCUUGGUCCAUACCAGGAUUUUAUCCUUAGCGUCACAUCUACGUAUGUUAAUGAUUUACAAGACUGUAAGAUAAUGGACCAACUAUGUGGAGGUUUGUUUGCAGCACGUCAGAAACAACACAGAAAAUAUUCCAAUGGUGUGUACUCCAAGCAGGCAGUAGAUACAGCCAUUAAGAAAUUAAGUGACCAAGAUUUCCUCAAUGUCUGUCCAGAUCUUCCUUCUAUACCAGAUGAAGUUGUCUCUUUUUCAAGUCUUCAGUGUCAACAGGCACCCUUAUACAUGGCUG